AUGGACCUGGUGGACCUCGCGCGUCGUCCCUUCGCCGACGUCGCGCCCGCGAUCAGCGGCUCUGUGGUGUACAUGGACGAGGGCGCGGGCGAGUGCGCGCAUCACUGCGCGGGCGCGGGUUUCAUCCUGAGUCUGGGCGCGGUGAACGUGCUCAGCUUGGAACGCGUCGCCGGCACCGUCGCGGAGGCCACGCCCCCGGUGGACGUCGCGGGGUUACCCGUCGAUCCGCGAACGCCGGUCGUGAUCUUCACGACGCGACUGCUGCAGAGGUCCAAGGGCGACCUGCUUCGAUGCGUCGGCUCGCACCCCGGCGCCGCGAGCGUCACGGUGUUCUGCGCGGUAUCGGAGGAGGCGCAUGUCGCGGCGGCGCACGCGGUGGCCACGGCGAGCGGCGACCCGCACGCCGCGCAGGCGUCGGGGCAAUCCUACGAGAGACUCGUUCGAGAUCUCAAACUCGCAGCCUCCGCCAUCAUGUCCGCUGAGCACGCCGGAUCGGCGCCGGCGACGAAGUCCCCGAAGAGAACGGGGCGAACGCCGAGGAAACCCACGCGGCGUGCCGACGACGACGACGACGACGACGGCUGGGGCGACGACGCCGGCGGGGACGGAUGGGGCGACGACUGGGGCGAGACCGAAUCCGAAAAGUCGGAGGAGGAUUUCCACGAAAACUCCGAGUCGGAUCGAACGCUCGACGGUAUGCCGUCCUUGCACGUGCGAUACUUCCCUAUGCCCCUCACCCCGCUGUCGCGAGGCGCGUUCGUCAUGCCCGCCGCGGGAGCCGCCGCGUCCGCCGCCGUCGCGCCCCCCGCCGCCUACCGGGGCGCCGGGUCGCACCCUCGAUCGCUGUCUUCGACGGCGCCGCCCCCCGACGACGGCGGCGACGAGGACGGAGCGCACGCGCCGGUCCCUCCCGGCGUCGCCGUCCUCGCCAACCAGCUGUGCGCGAUGGGGGCGCACAUGGGCGUGAGACUCGAGUGCUUCGCGCUGGGACGGACGUCGAGGGCGGUGGCGCGGGCGACGGCGGCGGCGGCGGCUCCCGAGGCUGGCUCGCAUCAUCCGCCUUCCGGAACGGCGGCGCUCGUGCUGGUGGACAGGACGGCGGACAUGCUCACGCCGGCGGUACACGACGGGGGAUUCCUGCACCGCGCGGUGAUGAUGGCGAGGGAGGGGGAGGAUUUGGGGGGAAGGACGAUAGGGAAGAUGUGGGACGAAACGCGAAAAUGUGGGAACGGGGAAGCCGACGCGGAUGGAACGGGCGGCGGUACGGGACUCGAUCCCGCGCUGCCGACGGCGGCGGCGAGGACGCCCAAAGAGUGUCUGUCCGCCGGCGAUUUCACGUCCCCCGGCUCCGUCGACGGCGUCCUCGCGCACCCUCGCGACGUCGAGGCGUGCGCGCGACUGGCCACCGUGCACGCGAGGUCCGUGGAGGACGCGGCGGCGGCGACGAGGCGGUGGCUGCGCGAGGCGACGGAUUCGGAAGGCGUCCGGCCCGACGGGAGCCCCGGGUUUACGUCCGCGUCCGGCGGCGUCACGUCCGCGGAGCUCGCCGCGUUCGCCGCGCCGCUGGCGAAAGAUCCGAAGCGCAACGCGAGGCACCGCGCGUUACUCGAGCUCGCGGCGGCGGUGGCGUCCGCGCUGCCCGGGAGGUGCCGAAACGUCGACGGACUUUGUGAGCGGCGCGACGCGUGCCUUCGGGUGAUUUUAUCCGAGACGCAUUCGGCGGCGAUGAAGCGGCGCGGCGACGGAUCGGGCCCUAACGCCGCGUCCAAGGCGCUCGUCGCCUGCCUCAGGGACGCGUACGGACCCGGGCGUCCCGGCGCGGGCCGAGGCGCGGAGGCUGCGGCGCUGUGCGUCGCGGGAGUCGUCGCCGCGGCUGAAGCCGGAUACGCGGAGGGAAGCGUCUCGACUCGACUCGGGCUCGCAGACGACGACGACGAGGAAGAUGACCCGCGGCGACGCCGAUCCGCGGCGCGGCGCACGCCGCUCGGGGUCGACGAUGAGGUCGCGGUUCGCGAUGCGCUCGUGGACGCGGUAUUGGCGCCGCCCGCGUCGGGGGGGAAGGGCGAACGGGAACAGUACGAGUGGCUCGGGGAGUUGGGCGAUAGGGUGGCGGAGUACUGGAACGCGAGGGGCCCGCCGCCGCCGCGGAAACUCGAGCCCACCACCCCCGCCCCGCCGGUGAAGCCGGUGAAGCCCGCCGGGGGCGACGACGACGGGUGGGGCGACGACGACGACGAUUGGGGCGACGACGACGGAUGGGGCGCCGCCGCCGCGAAGGAUCCCCCCGACCAAACCCGACGCGUCCCAACCGAUCCGCCUCGAGACGGAAACCGUCCUCCUAUCGAUCCCGAGGACUUCGAGCUCGCCGCGCUGCGCCUCGAGGCGAACGACCGCGUGGCGAGCUUCCUGCGCCGCGUCGGGGAGCUGGCGCACGGGCGGGGCGAGGCGGCCAAGAGGUCCGCGGGCGCGCUGCUGGGCGACGGAGACGGCGCGCACGAGCCCCUCGUUCGAGAGCUCGUCGCGAGAAUCGGAGCCGGCGCGGACGACGAGGGCGUCGGCGCGGACCUUCACCACGCGCCGUCGUCGCUGGGGGGGCUCUUACGCGGGGGGGUCGGGGCGGCGAUGGGGCGGCUCGGGUGGUCGUCUUCGUGGUGGGGGGCGUGA